AAAUGAAAAUGAAACAAAAAUUCCCUUAAUUUACUGCGUGGAAGUUGCGCUGUCUCUCUCUAGCUCUCUUUCUCUCUUUCUCUCUUUCUCUCUUUCUCCACUGUCUCUUCGUACGUCCAUUCUCUUUCGUAGCUAUUUCCUGGACAUAGCUUCCUUCUAAUUCCAAAACCAUUUUCGAAAUUCUCUCAUCUCUUCCACUUUCCUCUCCAACUAGCUUCAGAUCCGCCUCUUAAUUCUACUCUUCGCCCCCAGAAAUUUUGAGGUGAGCAUCACUUAAAUUUUCUGUGGAACUGGUUGGAAGGAGCUGUUAAUUUCAGUACCAUCAAGGCAUCGACAAUGAAGAAGGUCUUUGGUCAGACUGUUAGGGAUAUUAAGAGAGAAGUUAAUAAGACGGUGCUUAAAGUUCCUCGACUAGAGCAGAAGGUUCUUGAUGCUACUAGCAAUGAGCCUUGGGGCCCUCAUGGAUCACUUCUCGCUGAGAUUGCACAAGCAAGCAAAAACUAUCAUGAGUAUCAGAUGAUCAUGGCGGUAAUCUGGAAGCGUGUUAAUGACUCUGGCAAAAAUUGGCGGCAUGUGUACAAGGGUUUAACUGUCUUGGAGUAUCUGGUGGCUCAUGGAUCAGAGCGAGUAAUAGACGAGAUCAAGGAUCAUGCAUACCAAUUAUCAGGCUUGUCCAGCUUUCAAUAUAUUGAUUCCAGUGGAAGGGAUCAAGGAGCAAAUGUUCGAAAGAAGUCACAUAGUCUUGUGGUUCUUGUGAAUGAUCCAGAAAGAAUCAGUGAGAUUAGGCAGAAGGCUAGCGUCAACAGGGACAAGUUUCGAAGUCCGUCCUUAGCUAGUGGAGUACAUAGGCCGGGGUAUGGAGACCGUUAUGAUGAUGAUUUCCAUGAGGGACGCUAUGGAAGCAGGGAUGAAGAUAGGAAUAGCAAUGGUAAUGGAAGGGAAAGGGAAUAUGACUACAGAGAUGACGACCAUGGUAGGAAUUCCAACUCAAAUAGACGUGAUGGAGAUCACUAUAGCAGAGAUGGUGAAGAACGACAUGGAAGAGAUAGUCCCAGGGAUGGAGAUAAUUGGGGGAGAAGAAGUGUUGAUGACAACCAAUAUGGUGCAAAAAGGGAUCAAGAUAGAGACCGUGACGACAGUGCUCGUGAUGGUAGUGGAAGAGGUGACGUCAGGUCACCGGAUGUGAGGCAUCAUGAUCAUAAAUUUUCAGAGCAAGACACUGGCGCACCUCCUAGUUAUGAAGAGGCAGUGAGUGAGUCUCGAAGCCCACCAGCUCAUAGUGAAAGAGACCAAGAAACCUCAACCUCUACUCCUGCUACUUCAUCUGCGCCUCCUACCAGUGCACCUAGCCAGUCAAGUCCCGUACAUGGUGCUCCAACAGCUGCAGACCAGUUAAUUGGGAACUUUGACGAAUUUGACCCUCGCUGUUCAGUCACAGCUGCUCCAACUGUUGCACCAAACAAUGUUGAGAUGGACUUACUUGGCUCACUGACUGAUUUUCCUUCAAACCCACUGGCCAUUAUGCCAACGGCAUCUACAAAUGUGACUGGGGCCUUUGAGCCUGAUUCCCACAUUAACUCUGGUGUGGGAACCCCGCAGACUACUACAGCUGUAGCUAGUGUCAGUAAUCAGAGUUUUGAAGAUCCGUUUGGUGACACUCCUUUUAAAGCCAUGCCUUCUGAUGAUGGUGCCCCUCAAUUCCAUUCUUCUGCUAUGACAGAUCCACUCCAGUCUUCCCUACACCAAAACGUUGGACAAUCCCAGCCUUCUACAGUGAUAGAGCUGUCUUCUCUGCACCAAAGUCAUGGGCAUUCCCAUCCUUCUACUAUGACAGGUUCUUUCCAGUCUUCUAUGCACCAACAUCGUGGACAAUCCCAAGGAAUCAUCCCGGAAACAAAUCAAGUCUCUAAUUCUGAAUAUGGUAAUGUAAUUUCUGCUUCAACGGGUGCAUCUGGCUUAUCCUGCUUGCAAGCACCGUCAGAGCCACAGUUUCUUCAAGGGCCAUCCACCAUACCAGAUCCUGAGAUUGAUAUACUGGCAGAUAUUCUACCUCCUUCUGCGCCUCCGUCUAACACAUCGUCCUUGGCAACUUAUUCAUUCCCUAGCGACCAGCCGGCAUUGCCUACUCCCUUCUCAGAUCCUGGCCAACCUAUUCAGCAAAAUUUUACAGCUUUAAGCAAUCUGCCUCCAGAACCAAAUGCUAGUUCAUUCCUUAAUGUGCAGCCCCAGCGUGGAGCUACAGCAUCUUUGAACUCAAAUACGGCUUUCCAGCCUCAAAAUGCACCUACCGUACAGUUUGACUAUGGGGCUCCACAGGGAGGAUCUAUAAAACCUACUGGAGAGAUUGGCUAUGGAGCCCCGCAGGGAGGAUCUACAGUGCCUACUGGACAAGUUGGGUAUGGGCCCCCACAGGGAGGACUUGCAGCACCUUCUGGACAGUGUGGCUAUGAGCCCCCACAGGGAGGAUCUGCUGCACCUACUGGACAGUUUGGCUAUGGAGGGGGCUCACAGGGAGGACCUGCAGCACCUACUGAACAGUUUGGCUACGGAGAAGGCCCACACGGAGGAUCUACAGCUCCUUUCUAUACACAGAUGGCUUCAGCCAGCAGUCCAAGUUCACAGGCUAAUAGUGGUGGCUAUUUCGUACAGAAUGGAGGAUGUGCUGCUCCUGUUACUUCACAAACUUCUCAGCAAAGCCCAAGUGGGCCAAUUGUUCCACUUGGCAGUGCAAACGUUCAGCACCAUGGUUUUCCAGCCCCACCAGUAGCUUCUCAAGGAGCUUAUCAGUUGCCAAAUGGUCAUGCUGCUCAGCAAAAAAGUGACGAUUUUCUGGGCAGCAUUCUUCCGCAAUCUGCAACCCCUCAAGUUCCUUUACAACAAGGUUUUCCAAUGUCAACGGGAUCACUUUCGAUAGUAUCUCAACCAUCUAAGGGAAAGUUUGAGACAAAGUCAACAGUCUGGGCUGACACUCUUAACAGAGGGCUAGUUGAUUUGAAUAUAUCUGGACCUAAAACAAAUCCAUUGGCUGACAUUGGAGUGGAUUUUGAUGCCAUAAACAGAAAGGAAAAGAGGAUGGAAAAGCCUACUACAACUGCAGUAACUUCUACUAUCACCAUGGGUAAAGCUAUGGGAUCUGGUUCUGGGGUAGGUCGUGCUGGUGCGAGUGCCCUUAGAGGGCCACCAAACCCUAUGAUGGGGUCUGGUAUGGGUAUGAACCACGCUGGCAUGGGAGGGUUCUAUGGAGGAAUCAAUCAAUCCAUGGGAAUGGGAAUGGGCAUGGGCAUGAACAAUGCUGGCAUGAACCCAGGAAUGGGAAUGGGAAUGGGGAUGAACCCGGGCAUGGGGAUGAACCCGGGCAUGGGGAUGAACCCGGGCAUGGGAAUGAACCCAAGCAUGGGAAUGAACCCAAGCAUGGGAAUGAACCCGGGAAAUAUGGGUAUGGGACAAGCAAUGCAAUUUCAACCACCGGGUGUGUUUCGGCCAGGAUCCAAUGCCUCGGGUAGUUAUAAUCCAAUGAUGGGUGGUUAUGCCCCCCAGCAAUCAUAUGGUGGUGGCUACCAAUAAACCAAAUUCAAGAUACACAUUUUAGAGUGUAGUACCAGAUUUACUUGAGAGUUGAAGAUUGGGAUGGCCAACUUAUUGUUGCCUUUGGAAGUCCUUCACAUUUCAGAUUUUGUGAAGAGCAAUAGCUGCAGUUCAUUCUUUUCUAUGAAAGCUGUUCGUUGCGAUGUUCAUUUUGCUUAUUCUUUGUAUGCUUUUUUACAUUUCCAGUGACAUACCGAGAGUUCUACAGGUGAGCUGGUCGAUUGAUAAUUUUCAUAUUCUUAUCACAAUUUGUAUACAACUGAACAUCGAUAAAUGAGGACAUAUCUCGAUUUUUAUUGUCGUCAACGUAAUAUAUGUACAAUUCUACCUUUUGUUCAUGCCACCAUAGAAUAAAAUUCUAAUACAUUCCUUUGGUGUUGAUUCA